GAAGAUAAAGUAUGAUAGAGAAGAAAAGGCUGUUCCAGAGCGGCUCCUCCAAGCUUUCAUGUGUCCAGUGAGCGCUAAAGAAAUUAGGUCCGUGCGGAAACACUGUUUCCUCUGCACAAGUUCCGCUCCUUUCUUUAUUUUUCCAUUCUCUCCUCCCCUCGCUUGUAUUCCACUCCUCAGGCUGAUGUGUACAUCCCGCUGGGCCAUGGCCUGCUCCGGUCCAGGAAAAAGUGAGCGGGCGCAGCUCAGAUGAAACUGUUCGUGUGCUGGAUAAUUAGCUACCUGCUCUGCCUGGCCGGGCUGAGGAAGAUGUGGAGCGGCCGGUACCUGAGGAGUCAUCUCAGCAGAUCCCUUUAUAUGAAUAUGAUGAGCCACAGCCAGGUCCCGUACUGGGAUGGGAAUCAGCAGUGGUACUUCUGCGACCCAGAAAAAUUAAGUGAUUGCCUCCGACCCAUUUUUAUCCAGAGUUACUUAGACCAUGGAACCCAGACAUUCCUGAAUAGAAGUAUUGAGAAAUCUGGCUGGCUUUCCAUUCAGCUUUAUCAUUCCUUCAUGUCCUCUGUGUUCAGUAUGUUUAUGUCCAGAACAUCAAUCAAUGGAUUGCUUGGAAGAGGGUCAAUGUUUGUGUUUUCACCAGAACAGUUCCAAAGGCUUCUCAAAAUUGGCCCUGAGUGGAAAUCACAUCGCUUGUUGGAUUUAGGUGCUGGAGAUGGAGAAGUGACUAAAGUAAUGAGCCCUCAUUUUGAAGAGAUCUAUGUUACAGAAAUGUCUCAGACUAUGAUAUGGCAGCUACAAAAGAAAAAAUACAGAGUGCUUAAUAUUGAUGAAUGGCAAAGGACAGGAUUCCAGUAUGAUGUCAUUAGCUGCUUAAACCUCCUUGAUCGGUGUCAUCAGCCGAUUACACUACUAAAAGAGAUGAGAAGUGUCUUGGAGCCAACUAGAGGGAGGGUUGUUUUGGCCCUAGUAUUGCCAUUUCACCCCUACGUAGAAAAUGGUGGCAAGUGGGAGAAGCCUGCGGAAGUGAUGGAGGUGAACGGGACAUUUUGGGAGGAGCAGGUGAACAGCCUGGCCGAUGUCUUCCAUUCAGCAGGCUUUGCAGUGGAGGCCGUCACCCGACUCCCUUAUUUAUGUGAAGGGGACAUGUACAAUGACUACUACGUAUUGGACGAUGCCGUCUUUGUUCUUCGGCCAAUGUAGAAAGAACGUGAGAGAGUUGUGACGCAUUGAGAGCAGUUAAUGCACUCGGCCACCAAGGAAACCAUUCUCUCAGCAAGUCAAAUCCACUUCCUCAUAGGCCAAAAUUGUAUGUACUUCCCGCAGGACUUGGUUUGAUCACAUAAAUGUACAUGUGCGUGGGUGUGUGUGUGAGCGUGUUUGUGGGAAAUCUUACCCAGGAGGGGUGGGGGUUGGGGUGCUUUUUAACCAACAGUGCUACCUUUUUCAGCGGUGGAAAACUUUAAUGCUGCCAAUGCCAUUGUGCCGCCCGCCAGCCCUGUGAUCAAUUAAACGGGGGGAAAGGAGCGACAUGGACCUUUCUGAUAAAUAAAGUACUGAUCCUGGCAAUAAAGCUUGUCAUAUUUAAUCAACUGUGAAAUAUAUAUAUAUGUUCUUUCAUGUGAUUUAAUAGUCUCGUUUGCCAUGUUGAAGCACAUCCUUUUUUUACCAUGCCAAUAAAAAUUGUAUCAAA